GGAACAAUCAAGGGUAAAGAAGCUCCAGCAGCCGAAGUGUUUCUAUUAAAGUGAAUCUUCUAUCCUGUAUCAUGGAUUUCACAGAAGUGGACCAACAUUCGUUCAUCAGACCUGCUCACGCUGCAGAUCUGGACUCAGAUCACUUAGAGAAAUCAGCAGAACUGGAAUAUUUCAGCCCUUUCGAUCUGCAGAACGGAGAGAUCAUGAAGGUUAUCAUCAAGGAGGAACCUGAGGGUGAGGGAUACCUCUAUGAAGGAACGUCAGCCUCGGUUGAUCACCUCACUUUUGAAGAAGACUUUGCCCUGGUGGACCAACAGAACGGAGAGUUCAAGACAAAGCCAAUAAAAGAGGAGGAAUCUGAAGGAAAAUAUAAACUAGAUGUGAACGCCUCCUUCUCCUGCUCUCUGUGUCCACUGUCCUGUACAACCCAAAUUCAGCUACACCAGCACACCACGAGCUGCCACUCUGACGAAUACGAGACGCAGGUGAAGAUCGGAGACGUGGACCGCGAGCGCACGAUGCCCGGUACGGCGGCCGUCAGCAAGAAGAGCCCGUACGGUCCGAGGCAGAAGGAAAUCUGCCCCGACUGCGGGAAGAGCCUGAGCUGCCGGAGCGCUCUGAAGAAACACCAGCUCAUUCACACCGGCGAGAGGCUGUUCCCGUGUUCGGACUGCGAGAAGAGUUUCAUCAACCAGGGAGCGCUCAAGGUGCACCAGCGCAUUCACACCGGGGAGAAACCCUACUGCUGCGCGCAGUGCGGGAAGAGCUUCAAUCAGCUGAACCAUCUGAAGAUCCACGAGCGCGUCCACACCGGAGAGAAGCCCUUCCAGUGCGCGCAGUGCGGCAAGAGCUUCAUCAACCAGAGCAAUCUGAAGAUACACCAGCGCGUUCACACCGGCGAGAAGCCCUACUGGUGCUCGCAGUGCGGCAAGAGCUUCAUCCACCAGAGCAACUUCAAGAUCCACCAGCGCGUUCACACCGGAGAGAAGCCGUACUUCUGCUCGCUGUGCGGGAAGAGCUUCAAUCAGCAGAGCCACCUCAAGACGCACCAGUGCAUUCACACCAAAGAGAAGAUGUACCUCUGCUUACAGUGCGGGAAGAGCUUCACUCAGCAGAACGAUCUCAAACGGCACCAGCGCAUUCACACCGGAGAGAAGCCCUACCAGUGCUCGCAGUGCGGCAAGAGCUUCAACAACCAGGGUCACCUCAAGACGCACUACCGCGUCCACACCGGGGAGAAGCCCUUCUGCUGCCUGCAGUGUGGCAAGAGUUUCGCCGACCAGAGCGCCUUCAAAAAGCACCAGCGCAUUCACACCGGCGAGAAACCCUACCAGUGUCCGGUGUGCAGCAAGAGCUUCGCCGACCCGAGCUCCUUCAAGAAACACCAGCGCAUUCACACCGGAGAGAAACCACACCGCUGCCUGGAGUGCGGGAAGAGGUUCACCGACCAGAGCGACCUCAAAAAACACCAGCGCAUUCACACCGGAGAAAAACCCUACCGGUGCUUGCAGUGCGGGAGCAGCUUCUCUUAUUCGCUAGCCAUCAAGAAACACAAGUGCGCCGAAUCCGAGCCGCCAGAUUGCGCCAGUAUGCCCGAAGCAAACGAUCAGUUAUAGAUAGCGCUUGAUAGGUGCCCAACCGACGCCCUCUGGGUUUUCCAGGCUGUCAGUGACACCGUAGCUCUGGAGGAAGCGUGGCUUGUCCCUCAUUAUGUGGACUGGCUUUAAAUGGGCGGGGUCACUGUCCCGGGUGUGUUUAAACGAUAGGCUCUGGAUCACAGUUGCCUACCAGUUUUGGGCGAGAUGAUAAACCCGGUUUUCCCAGGUUAAGUUACCCAGCAGGUUGUUUCUUUAGCUUCCUCUAACGUCAGUGCUAGGAUCACGUAGAGCAGCGUUUCCCAACCUUUUUGAGCCACGGCACAUAUUUCACAUUAGAAAAAUCGAAUGUAAGGCACAACACGGAACAAAAAUGUCACAAA